AUGGCGGCGGAUUCAGCAUUUGACAAUUACAACUCUCCGUCGAUCAAGGCGAUGAACCAGUUUCCCAGCAUCAAUGCCUCUGGCCGGUUCUACGAAACCACGCCUCCGCUCGACAAUGACGUUCGACGACAGCAGGCGCCGACCAGCAGGACUGCACGGCCGGCACUGCAAGUUUCUUGCCCUCCCCCUCGGCAAUCGUACUCGGCGAGUCCCUUCGGGCAACAGCCGCAAUUGAGCAGCGGCUACUACACGAGCACACUCCAGAACGCGGCCUCAUGCCACCCACAAAUCUCAAACCUCUAUUAUCAGCAACCGUUGCCGCAAUCAUUCCCACCGUUGUCCGUUCCGGUUGUACUGGCGCCAUCGUCAGGCGCGAACCCGUGGCAGCACCACCACUAUCUCACGCCGUCACACGGGGCCGCGUACCCGCAGAGCCAGGACCGGUACAUCUGCCAGACUUGCAACAAAGCCUUUAGCCGACCGAGCAGUCUCCGCAUCCACAGCCACUCGCACACUGGAGAAAAGCCUUUCAAGUGCCCGCACGCAGGAUGCGGCAAGGCGUUUAGUGUUCGCAGCAACAUGAAGCGGCACGAGAAGGGCUGCCACAGUUUCGAAGUCGGCACGGGGAGGCCCGCAAACGCCGGCUAG